GACAAUGUUGACAAGUCGUAUUUUUCAGGUGCUCUCCGCACGUGCAGUGCAAGGGGAAUGUAAACGACAGUUUGUCCGUAAGUUUUCCCAGACACCAAGAUCAUUAAGAGAACAACUCACUCAGACUACACAGGAAAAUGGAAUCAGGACGAUCUGUCUCAACAAUCCAAAGAAAAGGAAUGCCCUGUCGCUGGCCAUGCUGCAUGCCCUGGAGGAUGACCUGACAACUGACGAUUACGAGGAGGACCUGAGAGUGAUCAUCAUCACACAUACAGGGCCAGUCUUCUCUGCAGGGCAUGACCUGAAAGAGCUGACUCCCAAAGAAGGCCGCAGAUAUCACCAGAAGGUGUUUGAUACCUGUACAGAAGUCAUGACGCUCGUACAGGAUCUUCCUGUUCCUGUAAUUGCCAAAGUGAAUGGGCUUGCCACAGCAGCAGGCUGUCAGCUUGUUGCCUCCUGUGAUAUAGGUGUGGCCACUGACACUUCCAGAUUCGCCACCCCAGGGUAUGUGAGUGACUUCUUCCAUAGAUCAGGGAGAUACAGAUGUAGAUCUAGGAGAUUCAGAUGUAGAUCUGGGAGAUUCAGGUGUAGAUCAGGGAGAUUCAGAUGUAGAUCAGGGAGAUUCAGAUGUAGAUCAGGGAGAUUCAGAUGUAGAUCAGGGAGAUUCAGAUGUAGAUCAGGGAGAUUCAGAUGUAGAUCAGGAGAGAUAUCAGGGAUUCAGGAUCUAGGAGAUUCAGGUGUAGAUGGAGAUAGAUCAGAUCAGGAGAUCUCAGGAGAUCAGGGAGAUGUAGAUCUGGGAGAUUCAGAUGUAGAUCAGGAGAGAUUCAGAUAUGCGUUGCUGCAUGGUCUUGUGAGUAGAGUGGUUCCAGAGGACAAGCUUGAUGAAGAGACGAUGAAGAUUGCCAACAGGAUCUGUGAGACAAGUAGAAGUGUUACCGCCCUAGGGAAAGCUACUUUCUAUGCUCAGAUGAAUCUGGAAAGACGAAAAGCCUACAAAAUUGCUGGAGGAGUGAUGGUGGAUAACCUGUCACUGAAUGAUGGUAUUGAGGGAAUUAGAGCUUUCAUUGACAAGCGAAAACCCAAAUGGACACAUACCAUGGACAAACCAGAGUGACUGUCGAUAGUGGGAAGAUAUUUUGUCUUUCAUGUCCAUAGCUCCACUUGUGUAGAUCAGUAUUAUGGUGAUCAUAGGACUUUGUAAGCAGAGAAUGGCAUACUUGACAUACUUGAAAUGAUAAGCAUGAUAUGCAAUCAUUGUAUCUCUGCAUGACGUAAGAAUAUAUAUUCAGCAAUUACAAAACUUACUUUUGAUAUGUAUAGAAUCUGUGCAUGUUGAAUGUGAAAUAUUGAUUAUUGAAAGAGAGUAAUGGAGUCAAACACAAAGACGGAAAGACCUACAUGUUACCCAGUGUACAGGUGUACAUCAGUAUGGAGUUUUAUAUUUUGCAUGUCAGCAUCACAUAUUGACUAUGUGUAUUUGUCUCAAAACAAACAUAUACUUGAUAAAUAUUAUAUAGUGA